AUGUUGGAGGAGAUCAGAAUGUAUGUUAUGGAGAGCUUUUAUAGGAUGUCUACAAUACACUUAACAUGGAGGGGAGAUGUAUGCCCUACAAUAUUGACAAAGCUGGAUGACUGGUGUACAGAUAUGAGGUUGUGGAGUGUUGUAGCUAGUGACACAAAUGUAUUUGAAGUAAAACUAGGAUUUGAGUCUUUUCAGGUGGACUUAGGAGAAAAAAUCUGCACUUGUAGAUUAUGGGAAAUAUUUGGGAUUCCAUGUAUCCAUGCAUGUGCAGCUAUGAACCACACACAACAACAACCUGAAACAUUGAUCAGCUCAUGGUUUUCCAAAGAAAAGUUUGCAGAGACUUACAAAGGAAAUAUCAAGCCUCUAAAUGGUAGUAGAAUGUGGGCCAGGACACCAUAUGCCAAGCCACUGCCACCACCUGCAAGGAGGAUGCCAGGAAGACCUAAAACCAGAAGAAGGAAACAUGUCACAGAGAAGGAUGGAGAGUACAGGAAGUUAAAGUCUGUUGGAGGUACAAAGAUAUGCCAGAACUGUUGGGAGGAAGGGCAUAACAAAAGAACCUGCAAGAAUCCAACUAAGCCCCAACCUCAACAUGAAAAGAAAAGAAAGGGUAGGCUAGUGACUAGGGAUGUGGCAAUGAAGAAAACAACAGCAUCCACAAGUCAAAAGAUCCAACACACUCAGGAAAUGGAUGGGAAAAUGGAUGGACAGGCAAGGUGUAACAGUCAAAAAAAGGGUAAAGCAAAGGCAUCUCAAUCUGUUAAAGGGAUACAUGAAGGUAGUAGCAAGUAUUUUGAAGAUGAAAGGCUGCAAGAUGUUAUGUUGGUACAGGAUUUGAAGGUAGAUGCACAUGCUACAGAGUUGCUUGCAUCAGGAUACUCAGAGGAUGAGGUGUAUCAUCUACUAUAUGAACAAGAUUUAGAUGUUGAAGUUUUGGUUGAAGUUCCACCUGUUCUUGAAACUGUGCAUGAAGAAGUUCCACAUGUUGAAGUUUUGGCUGAAGUUGACAUUGUACCAGAAACAGAGGAUGAAGGCAUUGUUGAGACACCACCAUCCCAAAGGUUGAUGAGAACAAGGAGACCUUCAGAGAGAAUUACUAAAAUUCAUACUAGAAUGAAGGCUGUUGGAAAGAAGGUUGUUGGACCAGGUCGAAGUAGGUUGGACCCUGUUUCUUUGGAGUAG